UCUCUCUCUCUCUAUAUAUAUAUAUAUAUAGUGCCCCGUCCCAGAUAUGAACAUUACAGAUAUUGGUCAAAUCCCCUAGAAACAAAAUUACCAAAUGCGCCCAACAUGGAGAUUUUCUCUAUGUAUGAAGUUGGAAUCCCUACUGAAAGGGCAUAUGUCUAUAAGUUAAGUUCUGGUGCCGAGUGUUACAUUCCAUUUCAGAUUGAUACCUCUGCCGACGGUGGGCAUGACUGCACUUGCCUGAAGGGUGGGGUUUUUUCUGUUGAUGGAGAUGAAACAGUUCCCGUCCUGAGCGCAGGUUUUAUGGCUGCAAAAGGCUGGCGGGGGAAAACCCGAUUCAAUCCUCAAGGCAUUCAUACUUACAUAAGGGAAUAUAAUCACGCCCUCCAGCAAAUCUCUUGGAAGGCUGUGGAACCCAGAGGGGCUCAUGUUGAUAUAAUGGGGAACUUUGCCCUGAUUGAAGAUAUCAUUAAGGUGGCAGUGGGAGCUAUAGGGUUGGGGGGUGGGUGAUGGCCGCGACAAUGGUUGCGGGGAUGGGCGAUGAUCGCGGCUGGGGGUGACUGCCAUGGUCGUGGCCCUGUGUAUAUGUAUAUAUAUAUAUGUAUAUGUAGACACAGCCGGGUGUAUAUGUAUAUAUAUGUGUGUGUAUAUUUUUAAUUGUUUAAAAACCGAAUCUUGAGGUUUUUUAGGUGAAGGAUUUAAUGUUAUAUUUUGUAAUAGUUGAGGAACUUUAAGAUGUA